AUGUUAAGUGCUGAAGCGAACUGCAAUUCUCAAACAAAUGAUGUUGUCAAGGCAAUCACACAGGACCGCACGGAUCACGACGAGUACCAAUAUCUUGAUCUCAUUCGAAAGAUAAUGAAGCAUGGUAAAACAAGAGAGGACAGGACAGGUACCAUAGUCUACUACAUGAAGUACCAGAUAGCUCUAUCAGUUCUAAACUGUUCUUCUUAGAGGUCCAGUGAGUGAUCAUCUCUUAUUGAUCCAAUGUUACUACAGGAGGAAACCUAAACUAACUUUAUUUAUACUGGAUGGCUCUAUCAGUUCAUAGUCAAAUUUAAAGCUCUCUCUAUUAUCUCAGGAACUGGUACGAUUUCAAUGUUCGGAGCUCAGAUGCGUUUUAGUUUGAGAGAUGGAAUGUUUCCUUUGCUGACGACAAAGAGGGUGUUCUGGCGAGGCAUGGCUGAGGAAUUAUUGUGGUUUGUACGUGGAAGCACAAAUGGAAAUGAACUUGCUGAGAAAAAUGUCCACAUUUGGGAUGCCAACGGUUCCAGAGAAUUCUUGGAUAAUAGAGGUGAAAUGAGUUGAUUAAAGAUUUUAUGUUCUGAACGUUAUGUUCAUUGUUCAGACAUGUUUGAUUUGUCUAAUUCAUACCAGAGACUGAUGAUCCACUGGUUGAACUUAGGCAUGUUCAUAUUCAUAUUGCAAUUUAUUUUUGGCUAUUUUGAAGGUCUGCCUCAACGUGAGGUGGGGGAUCUGGGUCCUGUCUAUGGUUUCCAAUGGCGGCAUUUUGGUGCGGAAUACGAGACCAUGCAUACGGACUAUACCGGGCGGGGUGUUGAUCAGCUGAAGAAUGUUAUUCACACAAUAAAAACCAACCCAUGUUGCAGACGAAUUAUAAUGUCUGCAUGGAACCCUGUUGGUAAGAAAGAGAUUAGUUUGUUCAUGGCAGUGUCAGUACCUCACACAUCUAUGACUGUUUUUUAUUCAGGCUGCAAUAUGCAGUUGACUGAUUGUAAUCUUGCCUCAGUCACGAAACAUUCCAGCUAGGUUUUUUCCAGUUUCUUGCUGUACUAGUAACACUGGACUAUUACCCUUGGUAUUAUAUCUAGAUCUGCCAAAGAUGGCGUUGCCUCCCUGUCAUUCGUUGGUUCAAUUUUACGUCUGCGAUGGCGAGCUGUCUGCCCAGUUGUACCAAAGAUCUGGUGAUAUGGUGGGUAUCUAAUUAAUACAAUCACAUUAAUACACUCAUUGCCAUGGAAUUCACACACAUAUAUAGGUCAAAUGCUUGAUUAACUUUGUUCAUCCUUGUUAUCAGAACAAUGAUAACUAGGUAUUUGAAUUGGGUUAACUGAUGUGGUUGUAUAUUUCUCGCUUAGGGUCUAGGUGUGCCAUUCAACAUUGCAAGCUAUGCUCUGCUGACGUACAUGAUAGCUCAUGUCUGUGACUUGACGGUAAGUUUAUAAAGACAAUAUUCUACUCCGAAGUUCAAGGUUCACUUAUGACUGUUAUCUUUUAGCCUGGUGAUUUUGUACACACUCUGGGUGAUGCUCAUGUUUACUCAAACCAUUUGGACGCUCUUGAACAACAGGUAACUGCUCGUCUCUGUGACCAGGAUGUGUGCUCAACGACUGCAAGUUUUUUGUGGCUAGCCGGUCAACCAUUUACAGUGUUUUUUUGCAUUCUCCUGCUGUAGUUACAACGAAAACCGAAGCCGUUUCCAAAGCUGGAAAUCAAGAGAAAAAUCACAAAUAUAGAAUAUUUCACUUACGAUGACUUUAAGCUUAUUGGUUACAAACCUCAUCCGAAGAUUAAGAUGGAAAUGGCGGUGUAA